CAAAAAUAUCCGCCUGCGGUUCCCACGUAUUGGACAAACCAUAUGCAUAGACUAGAAUAGACGGGCAGGCCACUGGCACAUUACUGUACUACUAGACGGCAGGUAACCCCAUCCCCCCUCCCGCCCCCUAUACAUAUUCCCACCCUUCCUUUACUUGUUACACUCGCCAUCACAUCAGACCGCAUCCAACAAUGGUCCUCAUUCGCUCCACUCUCUGGGCCGCUGCCGCCCUCGCUGUCACCGCUGCGGGUGGUGCUUCAGCUGCGAACCUCAAUGUUCAGGAUAAAGCUGCUCUCGGCGCAGCUACUCAUGCCGCCAUGCAGAAGCUCGUUGACCUCUACAAGGCAGGCGCGAAAAAGACCAGCUUUGGAAACACCGCUGGCGUCGAGGGUGCUUUCGACCAAAACACCAUCUCUUGGUACGCAAGUGGGAUCAUGUGGGAUGCCGCUUUCAGAAACUCCGCUAUGAACGGCGACAAGAGUCAGGAUCAGGUGGUGGGCGAGGCUAUCAGCGAGGCUAGCUUUGGCUCAACUGGGGAUUUACUCGGUGGUUCCAUGCGCACAAUCCAAGAGAAAUUAAGGGGAAAGUGGAAUGACGAUAUCGCUUGGUGGGCUAUUGCAAUGAUGUCGGCAACCGACUCGUAUGGUCUCUCUGCGACAACACCGAACAGCAACGGAAAGACCUUCUUGAGCAUCGCAGAACUGACUAUGCAAGAGAUGUGGGAGCAAUGGGACCCCCUGUGCGGAGGAGGUGUUUACUGGUCUCGUGACAGAAACGCUGCCAAGGGCAAGGACUACAAGUCUGCUAUCACCAACGCAGAAGCUAUUGUCCUUGGUGCCCGUUUGGCCGUGGCGACAAACAACCAAACCUACCUGACCUGGGCCUCCAAUGCCUACAACUGGAUGAAGACAUCGCAGAUCGUCGGUACCGACUGGGUUGUUCGCGACGGAAUGGAAGCUACCACCUGUGUCGUCAAUACCUUGGACUUCUCCUACACAGGGGGAACCCUCAUCAGCGGAUUGGCCUACAUGUACAAGGCCACAAAAGUACAGUCCUACCUAGACGACGCAGCCAACAUCGCCAAAGCUGCCAUCGCCAAGUACCAAACCAACGGCAUCCUCGCUGAAACGCCAUGCGCCGUCCACACCUGCACCCGUGACAACGUCGUCUACCUCCCACAACUCGCCAAGGGAUUGGGUAUUCUCUACACCGUCACCACCGACGCAGCCCUCAAGACCUCCAUCCAGACCAUCAUCGACAACACGCUCACGUCCGCCGUCAAGAAUUGCGAUGACACCUGGAUGUGCAGCAGGCAGUGGAUCACCGCCACGGCGCCUGUUGCCGGCGCUUACGACCAAUACCCCACCACCGAGCUCCUCCUCGCCGCCUCCGCCAUCCACGGUGCGACCGUUGCGCCCGCUGCUGCCGCUGGAGGCCUCUCCUCGACGGGCACGGGUGCCGCCCCAGCAAGCGGAGCCACUCCCGCGGCUGGUGGCAGCAACGCCGGUUCGACCACGAGCAAGCCGACAUCAGACUCGUCCACCAUCGUCGCUGGUGGAUCGAUGGUCCUCGCUGCUGUCGGUGUCGUCGUGCUCGGAUCCCUCUGAAAAUCUGACAUUUGGAGAACUCUGGACGCUACCAGUAGAUUUUGAUGUUUGUUUCGUCUCUUCUUCCCCCUUCUUCGUAUGAUAUGAUAUCGGCGUAAGACUGGACAUGACUGACGGACGGACCGUAUAGAUGGGACGAAUCUCUAUAGACUUUUUUUUCUCUCGUCUUCUUGACUCUUUCCAUUUCUCCCCAUCCCGCGUAUGCACAAUUUUUUGAAUUGAGCCUUUGUAUAUAUAUCUCAUGUGUUGAUUAGGGAGUGCCAAAAGGACACCUUUUUACAGGA